AUGUACCUCGACGAUAUCAACACCCUAACUGCCGAUUUCAGCGACUGGAUUGUCCCGGAACUAAGAGGAGCCAUCACACACCUCGCUUUGCAGGAUGAAAUGUGGAAGAUGAAGUACGCGAGGCGAGGAGGUGCAGUGCUGGAAGCGGGCGGGGACUUGAGGUUCAUGAUUUUCCAUCCUGGUGCUGGGCUCUGCGGAUUGGAAGUCCUGACGCUGGUGUUAACGGGCGGAGUCUUGGUUGGAGGGAAUAGCUUGAUGGGGAGGGAUAAGGAGAGGAGGAGAGCGGACGAGAGGAGACUGUUGGAGUGUGAAGAGGUUUUCUUAGAAGACAAGAAGGUUGGCGGGGAUGUGAGAGAUGUGUUAAGGACGUUGGGAAGGUUGAAUGAUAUGAAGCUUAAUCACGGAUGGAGAGAGCCGGAAUUGAGGUUUGCUAGGAUUUUGGUGGAGUAA